ACCAAACAAUUUCAGUCAGUUACAUCGCAAUCGAGAGUGAAGUGUUGAAAAUCAAAAGUUACGCCAUCUUCUAGUUUGAUCUCGCCAUGGAACCCAGUCAUUGGAACUCAUAACUUCCAUGUCCGGUAUAAUAUAUUCAAUAAGAAAAACGCAUCGCUGAUGAGGGAGUUAUUGACCUUGUUAUUCAAACAGCGAACUCAAAAAUUAUUAAUUUUUCUGAUGUUAUGAACAUAGAACUGUUAUAAUAUUCACCAGUUGAGUGAACACGGCUGCGAACUUCAAAUUGCGUUAUUUAAGUUAUGCUGUCCAAGAUAUUUGAUGAUAUAAAUGGCAGCAUUUCCCAAAAAUGGAAACGCCUUCGUAAAUGUUGUGCAUCUCUCAGAGGCGUUAGUGUACACGAUUCGGAAACAUCUAAAAGUACACUUCUCGAAUCCUCGACACCUCAUAUUCUAGUCAAUACUCCCCACACCACUUCUUCCCUGCGCAUACCAAACACUAGUAAGAAAAGUAGCGUCCAAGAUAUCUUGAGGGCAAAACUGAGUCAGAUACAUGUAGGUUUAAGGAAACGUAGGGCUCUCUCCGUGCAAGAGUUUUUCCAAAGUCCAAGCCAGGAAAAACCUACCACUUUCUAUGUUCCAUCUCCGAGUCCUGAUAUUAACACCGCUCAAACAAGAAGACCCAGAUCCAGACAACGAACCGUCAAUUCCUUCACAUUCAGUCCUUCCCAGAGCAAAGAGUACAUCAAGUGUCAUAGUGGAGAAUGGGACCGCCUCCCGUACGAACCUCCCCCAGAUUACGAUGUAGACGAGAAGCCCCCGAACAGACGGUGGUCCGUUGUCACCUUCAACAAGGCCCCCGAGAAGACACAAACAAAAAUAGAACACGUCAACAUCAAGAUCCCGAAGACGAAAUUGAAUAAGCCAUUCGAUCGGGCAAGGUCACAGUCGCCCAGUUGUAACAAAGAACAAACCAAAUCGAUUAGAUGUGAACAAGGGAAUAGGCGAGUGACCAACUCUAAAAGUCAUUACGAACUCAUAGGUGCUAGACAAAAACCGGAAGGCAGACGGGACUGCGAACGUGAGCAACAGGAUUCCAUUGAAGAACUUGAUGAGAUAGAAGAAGAGGAGAGUAAAUUCUGUACUUUGCCGCGUGGUGGUAAUACAUUCACCAUUCGACAGGUUAUAUUCCAAAAAGGACCGGAGUUCAAACCUCUUGGAUUCAGUAUAGUUGGGGGUAGAGAUUCUCCAAAAGGCAGCAUUGGAAUUUAUGUAAAAACUAUUUUUCCAAAUGGCCAGGCAGCUGAUAGCGGUACUUUGAGGGAAGGUGACGAAAUUUUGGCAGUGAACAGCAAACCUCUUCAUGGCGCGUCACAUGGCGAAGCCAUCAAUGUCUUCAAGCAGAUCCGAACCGGAUCAGUUCUUUUGCACAUUGGCCGUCGUGUGACAAAGAAGACUAGAGACAAAGUUAAUUAGUUUAAUUAUGUGAAUGACUUUUAAUGAGUACCAAAGAUAAGCGUUAUCAAUAGAUAUGUUUCAGCAUAUUUAUUGAGUAAUGGUGUUUAGUGUUAUUGGUUGUUGAUUUGCAUUUUUUUAUUCCAUUUUACACUUUCAAUGAACUGUAACUUUAUUUAUCUGCAUUGCAAUGUUAACUAACUUUAACAUCAUUUGUUUUAAUGCGUGGGUUAUCUGUGCAUACAUUAGUUAAAGUAAUAUUAAUGAACGAGUUGUUGAUUGCGGCUACCUUUUAAAAUAUGUGAUAAUACGUAUUUUUGAACCUAUUUAAUUUUUUAUUAUAUUAUUUUUCAUUAUAUAAUACAUAAGUUUUUUUGUAA